CUCUGUACAUAUUUACAUAGGGUGGUCAGCUGUUUAUUCAAAAGACAUGCAGUAGAGGAGCAAAUUUGAUUUAUUUGCCACGGAAUAUAAAUUUCAAUGAUUUACAACUGAGGUAAAUGAACUUUAAAAGCGUGCUGUGUUAAUGUCAAAAAUGACAGUGGAGGGAAAGAACGCAGCUUUGGAUUACCGCAAUAAGGUGAUAUUGGCGCCAAUGGUUCGAGUAGGAACACUACCAAUGCGUUUGCUGGCUCUUGAAUUCGGUGCCGACCUUGUCUAUACAGAGGAAUUAAUCGACUUGAAGCUGAUACGUUGCAAAAGGCGUUUUAAUGCUGCAUUGGGUACCGUCGAUUUUAUAGAUCGUAGCGAUGGCACAAUUGUAUUUCGUACUUGCGCAAAAGAACGUCAACAAGUCGUACUACAAUUAGGAACUAGUGAUGCAGAACGUGCCUUAACCGUAGGAAAGUUGGUGCAGUGUGAUAUUGGAGGAUUAGACAUAAAUAUGGGCUGUCCGAAAGAGUUCUCCAUAAAAGGUGGUAUGGGUGUAGCGCUCCUCGGGCAACCAGAUAAGGCGGUUCAUAUUUUAACUACGUUAUGCAAAAACCUAUCCGUUCCAGUAACCUGCAAAAUUAGAAUAUUACCGGACUUGAAUCAUACGAUCAAAUUGGUACAACGUUUUGCUGCCACUGGAAUCGCUGCAAUUGCGGUGCAUGCACGUACCCGCGACGAGCGACCUCAAAACCCGCCUCAUCCAGAUUUUAUACGUGAAAUUGCGAAGGCUGUUGAUAUACCAGUGAUUGCGAAUGGCGGUUCCAGGGAGUUUCAAAAAUAUAAAGAUAUAUUAAAUUUUCGCGAUUUGUGCGGCGCCACUAGUGUUAUGGUGGGAAGAGCAGCACAGUCAAACGUUUCCAUUUUUCGGAAAGAAGGCAUGCUCCCAACGGAUAAUAUUAUUGUGAAGUAUUUGAAACUUUGCGUCGACUAUGACAAUGCAGCUCACAAUACUAAAUACUGUGUGCAAAAUAUACUAAAAGAGUUGCAAGAGACGCCACGAGGUAAACAGUUCUUACAAUGUCAAACACUUCAACAAAUGUGUGAAAUCUGGUCGCUUGGCAGUUAUUGUUAUCGCAAACAAUUAGAGUUGAAAGAUCUUGGUAACUUCGGUAGACGUGAGGUGGCGCCUGGUGUGAUACCUGAUGACGAUACUGCGGAUGGCCCAGAAAUGAAGCGACGAAAGGUAGACGCCCCGCCAUUGGAUGCAGAUGUUAUACAACAUAACAUCGCAUUUCUUCGCUCGAACUAUAGCACUGAUACUCAACUACCAAAAACAAUGCUGUACUCUUAUGCUGGUCGUAAAAGAAAGGAUAUUCCGCUAUACGAAACGCAAUGUAUUGACAAACUAUUCCGUGCAAUUUGCAGUUUUGACGGAAAAAGAUAUGCAAGUUCAUUUUGGGAAAAAAAUAAAAAACAGGCUGAACAAGGUGCAGCACUAGUGUGUCUACUCGAUAUAGGUGUGAUACCUGAAGAUGCAUUGAUUAAGAACGGUAGUAUAUUGCGCUGAAUAUAUUCCUAUUAAAUUGAUAUAUAUAAUACAGAAGCGUUCAGACGUUUAUUUACCUUUGUUUACCACAAUGCAAUUAAUUAUUACUCUUCACCAUAGCGUAAUAAUUGGGCACCAAGUUUUGAAAAUAAAUAGAAAAAUAUUAAAAGUGUAA